AUGGCUACAGGUAUGACCGACACUAUUCGUUCUAGUGACAUGGCUUAUCGGCUUUCUGGGAAAGUUUACGUCAACAGCACGCUCAUUCACGUUCGUUGGCCAUGGAUUGUUCGUCCAGUUGCAUCCGUGAUCCUAUCUGUUGCGCUUCUUGGGGCAACGGCGGCGUCGAGUAGGAAGUCCCAUGUAAGCUUGCGGAAAUCUUCUUUUCUGCCCUACCUUGUCGGGCAGCUUGAGACCCACCCAGAUCACAAUCUAGGGCGUCUUAUUGAUAACGUGGACGAGAUGGAGGAUACUUCGAGAAAGAUUCAAAUUGUGAUGGAAGGUUGUGAUCCUCUUGUGUUUGCUCAACAUUAG